UCUCUCGUGCUUCGCUUUUUGCGAGUUUUGAAAAGCUGUCACUACGUCUGUGCCCGAAGUCCUGCGGCUUAUUUAUAUUUCAUGUACCAGGUGCGAGCUUCUGAGGAACGCUUUUAUUGUGCGCAAGUGAGCACAGACCGUCGUCAGAAUAUCCGGCGACUCGUCCUCAAGUCUUUUGUAUCGGGCUUACGAUGCCGUUACAGAUCAAAGAGACCGCUAGCCUUCACGGCACGAAAGGCGAUGAAGUGAUACAUUCACUCGCCAAGCUAUUGGAAAAGGUCCACCGUCUUGAGGCGAAGAAGCGCGCGGCUCACAGCUGUCCUACUUCAGAGCUCGGAGAGCACAUUGCGCUGGUGGAAGCCCAGUGUGCCUUGCUUGAGGAACAACUGCGGUACGCGCGACGAGUUCUGGUUUUCUCCACUAAACCGAGGAGCACUCCCGAUGAAUUUCCGGAAGCCGCGUUUACCAAGUCUCCCAGCUACGACAACGAUGAUGUGUUUGUCGAAUCAGAAGAAGUCCGGGCCCCUGUGCCCGAGCAGCGACCUGCAGCCCAGAGGUCUCUAUCAGAGAUGAACACGGACGUCAGGAAAAGGACGGCGAGAAAAACGACUCCAAAGGAGCCUGAAGCUGCAGUGCCUGCAAAGCACUCGAGCCAGACUCGCCGAGCAAGGUCAACAUCUGCUGUUCCACAUGCUGUUCGUUUUCCUGACCAAGUUUACCAGUGCAGACUCAAUGUUGCAGACGUGCCAUUUAUCCUCAGCAAAAGCACUUCAGCAAGUCACUCACUCCCUGCGAAUCUUCAGAACCUCGUGUCUCUUCUGAAGAAGGCCAAGCCACAGAGCAACGUGGGACAGGACUUUACAGACAGCACACAUCGACAUGUUUGUGUAGUAGGGAAUGCAGGGUUGCCCAAGAGCAACAGUGAGAUUGACUUGCGUGCAGCAUCUCAACCUGAUGCUGCUAGCAGCGACCUUGUGCAACUGAUGCACCAAGGGGAGCAGCUGUUGAAGCAGUUGAAUCAGGCCCAAAUGCCUGGCACGCGACACUCUCUAAAGUGCCAGUGCCGGCGGCUAAUCAGCCGCAUUCAGGCCAGAAUGGCAGACAUUGGAAAAUCAGAGACUGGUUUCUCAAAUAGCACGGGAGUGAAGUCGACACACAAAAGAAAGGGCAGUGUAAAGCCAAGGUCGGCUUCUACGUCCUCUCACGUUGGUGACGCUUUCAAUCGUGUUUUCAUGCGAGAGUUGAGGAGGAUUCAGAGCCACCUUGAAGAACAGAUAUGAACUGCAUCUUAGACAAAUGCCACGAAACCACACAUUCCCACAGUGAUUCUCUGAUCUCACAUUCAGAGCUCGUAGCUUGUGCCAUUGCUUUUGUAUAUUUGUACACUUGUACAGGCUUGUCAAGUCUGUACACCCAUGGUCGAAAGUAUGUGAACUGGAGCUUCCGUAAAAAAAAAAAAAAAAAACUUAAUUCUUUGCUUGAAACUGACGGCUGCAGUUCAGGCUUGGCAUUGCAAACAUUGCAAUGCAUUUGUCAGUUUCAGCUUGUCGAUCUGAGUUGCCAGGAAACUUUUUUUUUCACCGCAGAUAUGGUCCACAUACUUAUGGUCAUGGGUGUACAUACUGCUGGCCAUGUGAUCACUAGUGAGAAUGUCACCUGAUUUGCCUGGGCUUGUCAAAAUGCCCUGCUAGUGGACGGCGAAUAAAUGAUAUGCUACUUUCCUAAGUGCCAUUUUAUCAUACCGUUUAGUAACUCGCACUUGUGUGCUGCGUUGUCGCACUCUUUGGUACAGUGUAGACCGCUUAUAACGUAAGUCGCCGGAGUCGCGAAUAUCUGCAUUAUAAGCGGUACCGCACUAUAACCAAAACACCGAUUUUCAAGCACUGCAUGUAUGCAAAACAUGUAGACCAAGCAUGUAGACACACUUUGUACUAUCGCGCGCACAUCGCAAUUACGUUUUCGCCAGUGAGCUGGCGAAAACAUAAUCGCGAUGUAGCCGGUGCUCUUCAUGCUCGACAGCUUUGCACCGAGUCAAAACGAAACAACUGUUUGCCGCAACCACUGCGGAAAAAACCGUGACCGCUAUCGACACGAUUACGAACGGCGACUUUGCGGUGCUGAAGGCACACGCCCGACGCACGCACCGAGUCUGGACGAAUUAACUACCAUUCGCGGCAACAACUGCAGUCGAAACCGCGGUCGCUAUCUAUGCGAUCAUCGAUGGCGACUACGCAGUUUUCUAGGCACGCGGCCGACGCGCGUACUGAGUAAAAACGAAACUACUGUUCGCCGCAACCGCUGCGGAGAAAACCGCGGCCGCUAUCGACGCGAUCGUGGAUGAUGACUAUGCAGUUACGAAAGCCCGCGGCCAACGCGGUAUUAUACGUGGCGGUAAACAGAAGAAUUCAGGCUUUAAAGACACAAAUAGGCUCGAAGCGUUCCAGCGUUGCUGUCAUUCACGUACGAUUUCAACUGAUGGCUGUGGUGAUGCAGGACUCCGCCGCUUCGUUUCGGUUGGACGCUAGCGCCGUUCUUGCUCUUUUGCGUCGCACAUUUGCGGCGCUCCUUGCUCACCGAGCUCCGAAAGUAGUCCGGAUUAACCGAUGUGCGGCCAAAUAAGCCCGAAUUAACGAGAGUUUGAUUGCAUCGAAUAGUGCAUACGCCGGCCGGCAGCACGCAUCUUGUUGAAAAGCGUGCUCGCUGCCGCCCUUAUCGGCGAGAUUGUCCCGCGGAAGCCGCAUUAUAACCGGUAUUUUGUCUCACACGACUGCACUGUAAGCGGUAUGCGUAUACAUGCAGUGCUAUGGGAAAAUUAACGGGAGUCUGUAAAGACCGUACUCUAUCCGGUCCUGCACUAUAAGCGGUUACGUUAUAAGUGGUCUAUACUGUAUUUGAAAAGAGCACAGACGUGAAAAGAUAAGAACACUGCUUUUUUGCUUGGAAUAAUAAAAAUUUUGUUGCUUGUGUAGUGCUAUUAAUGUAGUUUCUGAGAACAUGCCCUAUAUUUUAUUGCACCAAGCUCUUUUUUUCUGUGUUGUGGUUCCAGUUUCUGGAUGUCUUGAGAUGAAAUGUGAUCAUGCAUGAACAGAUGAGCUUUGUUUAGCUGUAGCUUUGGAAAGUUAAAGGUAAUCCUUUGAUCCACUCAAUCAUUUAGAAAACAAGGUGGCUUUACUAGAAGUGCAGCAUCCUGUGAAGCCAAAACUUCAUUAGAGAAAAAUUGUUAACAAAGCUCAGUGCUCAUUGGCAGAUUCUGUAUUGUAAAUCACACUGAAUGCUUCCAUAGGCAGUGUUCUCAGAGACAAAGUGGUACUGUACUUUGAAUGUCGUGGCUCCCUUAUUCCUUUGGCUGUCCUUUCCUCAUCUGCCUGGAAUGUGUGGUUCACUUGUGCUGUUAUCUUUUUUAGUUCUCUCUGAUUGGCUCAACCAACUGAAAUGGAAGUGUCAGAUUAAAACGCUGGGUGCACUAAUUCCAUUGAUAAUAUUUUUACAUGUAGUUGGUCGAGUGCAAACACAAGAUGGGCAGUGGAAAUGUUGCGGUGCUGUUAAACACCUGUUGCUACUGUGAUGUGUUAUGCUGAACUGUGCAUCUUGCAAGAUUGCUGCUGAGCAUGAUCAAGAAUAGUCUCUGAUUGGCUCCUUGUGGGCAGUCUGCAUUAUUAUGGUGCUCUUUGGGGUCAUAGAAUGGCUUUGUUGACAUAAAAUAAAUGUUUAUUAGUCUUAGGUAGAUCUUUCUUUAGUUUUCUGACAUGCCAGAAUGAAAUGCAAUUGACAAGAAACAAAGUGCUGUAGCAUUUGCAAAUGCUUAAUCACUUGAAGCUGCAAUGUGUGACAGAACCGUGCGUAGGUGCUGAAUGCCUUGAGGCUUCGGAACUAAGUAUCUGUGAACAGAUCGUGCCAGUGUUGCUGACGUCGGUGAAUGUAUGCAGGAAAGUGCAACUUCUUGAUGGUUCUGUCUUGUUUGCGUUUCAUUCUAGCAUGACAGCAAAAUGUGUCUGCCAUAUUUGUACAUGUCACUGGCUCAGUGUCGUUCAAUGUGAAUGCUUUAGUUGACUCUGUGACCAAUAAUCUGCAAGUAAAUGUGCAUGCAUCCACAUGACAGA